CGAUUUCUUUCUAUUGGGAGAAAUGGCGGACAUGGACGAAUUAUUCGGGAGUGAUGGAGAUAGUGACAAUGAACAACGAGAGUCUGGGUCGGGCUCCGGUUCGGACUCUGACAACGAAAGACCUCGGUCCGCCAGCAACGCCUCUGGCAGCGGCAGCGAUAGUGACAGGGGACGGCCAGACGAAGAAGAAGGGGGGAAAGCUAAUAUGAACCAGGAGCUCUUUGGAGAUGACAGUGAAGACGAGCGACCCAGCGUACACAGUGGCAGUGGCAACCCGUCGGAGCACUCGGGGAACCGUUCCGACGCCUCGAUGCACUCCGGCGCGGAGGACAACGAGCAUUCUGAUGCUGAAAGGCACAGCGGCUCGGACGUUGGCCACCGGGACGAAGAGGAUGAUGACGAAGAUGCUGGGCAUCGAUCAGAUGCCGGGAGUCCUGCCGGGAGUCCUGCCGGGAGUCCUGCCGGAAGUCCCGCUGGAAGUGCCGCUGGAAGUGCCGCUGGGAGUGCGGCUGGGAGUCCGGCUGGAAGUGCCCCUGGCAGUCCCGCUGGAAGUCCUGCUGGGAGCCCCCCAGGAAGUCCUGCUGGUAGCGCAGUGUCCGGGGCAGGGAGUGCUCGUUCAGGGUCUCCCCGCUCAGUGACCCCCCGCUCAGGGAGUCCGCGGUCAGGAAGGGGGAGUGCCCACUCUGAUAGGAGCAUUCACAGUGAUCCAGGAACGCCCCAAUCAGGGCCUGGCACCCCUCAUUCCGUGGAAGGUUCCGGCAGAGAGAACCAUUCGGAUGACGAGAAGUGGGAAGGCGGGGCAAAAAGUGAUCAAUCAGAGGAUGAGGAGGAGAAACGUCCACGUUCUGAUGAAGAGCGGGAGAACUCUGACGAUGAGGCACCCAGACACAGGAAGUCAGAAUCAGCAAAGGGCAGUGAUAGCGAAGAUGACUUCCUCAGACAGAAAGCCAAGAAAAAGCCGGCCUCCGAUUCAGAUUCAGACAGUGAUGUUGGUGCAAGAAAAAGUAAAAGUAAAACUAAGAAGCCUGCAGCAGACGACCUGUUCGGGGAGGCGGAUGACAUCUCCUCAGACAGCGACGCAGAGAAGCCUCCGACUCCAGGCCAGCCCAUGGACAACGAGGAGGGGAUGGAGGGCGACCGCCACGAGGAAGAGACCGUCCCGGAGACCCGCAUCGAGGUGGAGAUCCCCAAAGUCAGCACAGACCUGGGCUCAGACCUCUACUUCGUCAAGCUGCCCAACUUCCUGUCUGUGGAGCCCAGACCCUUUGAUCCACAGUACUAUGAAGACGAGUUUGAGGACGAGGAGAUGUUGGAUGAAGAGGGUCGCACCAGGCUCAAGCUUAAGGUGGAGAACACCAUUCGGUGGAGGGUGAAGCGCGACGAGGAGGGGAACGAGAUUAAAGAGAGCAACGCUCGCAUUGUCAAAUGGUCCGAUGGCAGCAUGUCCCUGCAUCUUGGCAACGAGGUGUUUGACGUCUACAAAGCGCCCCUCCAGGGAGACCACAACCACCUGUUCAUUCGGCAGGGCACCGGGCUGCAGGGGCAAGCGGUGUUCAAGACCAAGCUCACGUUCAGGCCCCACUCCACAGACAGCGCCACCCACAGGAAGAUGACCCUCUCUCUGGCUGACCGCUGCUCCAAGACCCAGAAGAUCCGGAUCCUGCCCAUGGCGGGUCGCGACCCUGAGUCCCAGCGCAGCGAGAUGAUCAAGAAAGAGGAGGAGCGUCUGCGCGCCUCCAUCCGCCGCGAGUCCCAGCAGCGCCGCAUGCGGGAGAAGCAGCACCAGCGCGGGCUGAGCAGCAGCUACCUUGAGCCCGACCGCUACGACGACGACGACGACGGCGAGGAGGCCGUGAGCCUGGCCGCCAUCAAGAGCAAGUACAAGGGCGGCGGAGCCCUGCGAGAGGAGCGAGCGAGGAUCUACUCUUCCAGCGAAGAAGGCUCGGACGAUGACAAGGCCCAGAGGCUGAUGAAGGCCAAGAAACUGGACAGUGACGAGGAGGGCGAGGCUUCGACGAAGAGGAAGGCAGAGGAUGAGGAUGAUGAGGAGGACGAGGAGGCCCCCGCAAAGAAGGCCAAGAAAUAUGUGAUCAGCGACGAAGACGAUGACGAAGAUGACGACGAAUAAGCAGCAUUCUUUUUUAAGCAUUCCACUGUAUUAUCAGUGAUUCAUUCAUGUGAGGCGUCAGACUGCCACAUUUUGUAUUAUACGUUUAUUUUUUAAUUGUGUGUGUGCACAUGCAUUCAUGUGCGAAUGUGUCUACUGUACAUUGUUCUUUACGUUGGCGAUGUGGUUAAUAAAGAAUAGAUGAACCAAUGUCCAGUUUCACCUUCUCUUUUAAUGUUUUCG